UGUGACUGAGAGUGAGUGAGGCAUGCUGGGAAGGUGGAAACAGCAUAUAAAGGGAGAGAGCGCUGAAGAGAGCCACACCUGUGAGGGGGGAGUCCUCCAGGGCUAGGCUGGGUCUAAGCCCAGGGAUGGCAGAGGGUGACCAUAUGGACUAUGUUCCUCCUCUGAGCGAGAGGGAGCUACAGCACUGAGAGGGGAAAGAUUCAUCCAGGGCAAAGGGACAGUGAAAACCUUUGUGACCCAAGCAGAGGCCCUGAGCCCAGGGAGGGCAAAAGGAACCAAGCGCCUGUGAGAGGGCUGCUUUCUGUUUGUCCUGGAAGGGGAAGACUUUUGACUUGGCCAGAGGACUAAAUCAGACUGGGGAAGACCAGCUCCUGAGGAGGGGAAACUGAGGCAUGGUGAGGCAACUGAGCCAACAGCAGCAUGUCUGGUGUUGGAGAGUCCCUAGCUGAGAUCGGUGUCCUGUUGUGCUAGGUGUUGUACAUACUAGAAACAGUCCCUGCCCUGAAGAGCUUGAGCAGAAACACAACAGCAAAGAUGGUAGGCGGAGUGAAAACUAAGCCUAAAUCAGAGAUGGCUAAGCCAAGCUUAUCUCCAGACUGCGUCUCCAGAACAGAACAUCCCUGAAGCUUUAAAGCAAAUCUGGUUGGAUUCAUUUAAAGACUGGUUAUAAUCAGCAAAGCAGUUCUGCAAGAAACUACAACUGUUUUCCUGGCUUCUCCCGGGCAGCAGUUGCUUUGGAUCCAUGGAGUGACCAGCAGUGGGCGCCGAUCUGCAAGACAGCCCUUCACAUCCCAAGAGACUUGCUUCCUAUUUGCAUUGCCGGGAAUUUAUUCAGGGCAGUUCUCCGGCUUGUGCGAUGCAGGAGGUGACACUAGAUGACCCCAAUGGCAGGGAACUGCGGCGAAUGGGCGCUACAGGGGCAGCCUGUGGACGGCGCAAUGCGCAGAGCCACCUGGCUGCACCUCCACGUAGGAGCUGUAGCGGGGACAUGCCGCUUCCAGGAGCUGCUUGAGAUUUGGGGAAUCCUGGUUCAAGCAUCCAGAGCCACCAACCAGCCUCUGCUCCCUUUGUUUGGUUCGCCGCUGGGUAGUGUUGGGACCGUAGUUAGGGCUGGGAUUGUGUUCUCGCUUCUUCCGCUGGGGCCGGGUAGGCGAUUCGAAGCUCGCCCCCAGAUUCGCCCCUUUGGACCAAUGAAGGAACCCGAUGCCAUUAAACUUUUCAUCGGGCAGAUCCCACGGAAUUUGGAGGAGAAGGAUCUGAAGCCCAUCUUCGAGCAAUUUGGGAAGAUCUACGAGUUGACAGUGAUUAAGGAUAAAUACACGGGCAUGCACAAAGGAUGUGCGUUCCUGACCUACUGCGCCCGGGAAUCGGCCCUCAAGGCACAGAGUGCGCUGCAUGAGCAGAAAACGCUCCCAGGGAUGAACCGGCCGAUCCAGGUGAAGCCAGCAGACAGCGAAAGCAGAGGAGAAGACCGGAAGCUGUUUGUGGGGAUGCUGGGCAAGCAGCAGACGGACGAGGACGUCAGGAAAAUGUUCGAGCCCUUCGGGAACAUCGAUGAGUGCACGGUGCUGCGGGGACCAGAUGGCACCAGCAAAGGCUGCGCCUUCGUGAAGUUCCAGACCCACGCCGAGGCCCAGGCCGCCAUCAACACACUGCACGGCAGCCGGACAUUGCCGGGCGCCUCCUCCAGCCUGGUGGUGAAAUUCGCCGACACGGAGAAGGAGCGGGGCCUGCGCCGGAUGCAGCAGGUGGCCAACCAGCUUGGCAUGUUCAGCCCCAUCGCCCUGCAGUUCGGGGCCUACAGCGCCUACACCCAAGCACUAAUGCAGCAGCAGGCAGCCCUGGUCGCUGCUCACUCCGCCUACCUCAACCCCAUGGCCACCAUGGCGGCCGUCCAGAUGCAGCAGAUGGCCACCAUCAACCCCAACGGCCUCAUCGCCACGCCCCUCACGCCCCUCACCCCCUCCUCAGGGACCAGCACGCCGCCCGCCAUCGCCGCCACCCCCGUGUCCGCCAUCCCGGCCACGCUCAGCGUCAACGGCUACAGCCCGGUCCCCACACAGACCACGGGGCAGCCGGCCUCCGAGGCCCUCUACACCAACGGGGUCCACCCGUACCCAGCUCAGAGCCCGGCCGCCCCCGUGGACCCCCUGCAGCAGGCCUACGCCGGGAUGCAGCACUACACAGCCGCCUACCCCGCUGCCUAUGGGCUGGUGAGCCCGGCCUUCCCCCAGCAGCCGGCCAUCCUCACGCAGCAGCCGCCCCCCCAGCAGCAGCAGCAACGGGAAGGCCCCGAGGGCUGUAACAUCUUCAUCUACCACCUGCCCCAGGAGUUCACUGACUCCGAGAUCCUGCAGAUGUUCCUGCCCUUCGGGAACGUCAUCUCUGCCAAAGUCUUCGUGGACCGGGCGACCAAUCAGAGCAAAUGUUUCGGUUUCGUAAGUUUUGACAAUCCCACCAGCGCCCAGGCUGCCAUCCAGGCCAUGAACGGCUUCCAGAUCGGCAUGAAGCGCCUGAAAGUGCAGCUCAAGCGACCGAAAGACGCCAACCGGCCGUACUAAGGCCCCAGAAAGAAGAACAUAACCUCCUGCUAGCAGUUCUUUCCGGCUGUGCUGCGCAGAGCCCUGUCUCAGCCAGGUGAAGACCCCCAGCGCGGCGUAGCGUGGGGCAGGGGGGUGGGGUCUGUGCGUGUCUGUGUGUGUCGUGGCACGUGACCGUAUCCUGCUUUUGUUCUGAUCCUUGUUCUCCGUGCGCGGCUCACGGGGGUCGUUUCUCGUUCUGCAUCGGUUUGAUUUUUUUAGUUUGGUUUGGUUUGGUUUUUGCUUGUUCAUUUGUUUUGUGGUGUCUUUGUCAUUGACCUGAGUUUCUUUUUUGCACAUAAAAGAGACAGAGGGACGUUGGGGGGGCGGGGAAAUGGGCUUAACUGUGUCGCAGUGGCAGGCUCCAUUGCUUUAAGGAUUUACUGUAAUCCGCAUUGCAUGUGCUCUUAGAGCCCAGCUGAGAUUGGGGCCCCGUCGUGCCAGGCUCUGCACAGACCUCAACUGAGAGCAGGGCCCCAUCGUGCCAGGUGCUGCACAGAGCCCUGCUGAGAUCGAGUCCCCGUUGUGCCGGGCGCUGCAGAGACCCCCCAGCCGAGAUCAGGGCCCCCGUCAUGCUGAAUGUUGCACAGGCCCCGGCUGAAGUGAGGGCCCUGUUGUGUCAGGUGCGGCACAGACAGUGAGGGGCAGGUCCUGCCCCAAGUUGCUUAUGGUCUAAACAAACGAAGAGUUGGGGGAGAGGCAGGGUUAUUGACCCCAUUGUACAGAUGAGCAACUGAGAAGUGACAUGACCAGGUCACACAGGAAAUCUGUGGCAGAGGAAGGAUUUGAGCCCAGGUCUUCUGGGUCCCAGCCCAGGCCCUUGUCUGCAAGCCCAUCCUUUGUUUCUCAGUGCCCGGAAAACGCCACAGUCCCUCCCUGUGCUCUCUCUUCACUGGCUGGGCUCGUGUCCUGCUGGCAGGGCCGGUGCAAGGAUGUUUUGCGCCCCCCUGCGCCCCCCACCCUGAGGCGCUCCCCCCCUCUCCACCCUGAGGCGCCCCCCGCCUUGCGGCAGCUCCCUACCCCCCACCCU